UUACCUGUUUUCUUAAAAGCAUUGUAAUUGUCAUUACAAAUAAAUAGCAAUUCAGAAUUAAAGCUUUUUUUAGUUUUCAGUCUGUACUCACAGUUUGUUAGAGAGACAACAGGUAAAGACACAUUGUGAAGCAUAAACUAACUUGACUGUGUGAGGAAAAUGACCCAACCCAACAAUAAGGUGGAUUCUUGUGGCAGCCCUUCAAACUGUACUGAAUGUUGUGUGACGGUAUCAUGUUUUGUGACCAAAUUGUUCCCACAGCCACGAUGAAGGCCCCGCUGCCGGUCCCUCCUCAGCUGCUCGCCCUCGCCCCACAGCUUGGGGUAGAAGAACAGGCACCUAAUGUGUUGAGACAAAAGCCUGGGAUAACAUCAGCUCCAUUUCUUCCUGAAGAGUUACCAUCAGUGGAAGCACAGAGAGACACUGUCCCUGAUGAAGCUCUGCCAAGUCCAGCACCUUCUGUCCCUUUAGAUGUCCCACACCAGCCUGCAGCCUCGGUCCCUGGCUAUGCUCAGGAUGUAGCGCAAUGGAACUGCUCCCACCAGCAGAAAAUUUGGAUGAAGACUGAGCUGGAGGCGUUGGGGCUGUGGCCGGGGUCACGUCCUGUUCGUCAUCCUAUGAACAUGCUGUCCUUGUGGCGUAAUCCACCUCAGCCUGAGCUCAUAGACUCAAUCUCUGAGCUGCCGUCACCUAAAUACUGUCAGCUUCAUCCUUUUUUCAUUUGGAAGCCGGAGCACACAAUCAUGGAGAGGGUAAGGAACAAUUACAUCUUGCCCUGCCUUCAUGAAUGUCCCAACCCUCAGGUAGCUUCUUCCGGCAUUGGAAGGCCAAAUCGGUAAUGGAUGAGAUGAGGUGCAGCGGCAGAUCACCGGAGGACAUGGCUAAGCAGCUGACGGAGGCACUCCACCUUAAAUAUGAGAGAGCCCACCUGGCCUACCUGCUCAGUGUACAGAAUGUCAGGGAUGCUGAGGCAGGAGUUUACGGCCAGAGAACCAUCACUGGGCUUCUCAGACAGGCAGACACUCCGGCUCCAUUCGGUGGAUACUCCGAUGCUGACGGCUGGUGUGGAGUGUCUAUUUCUUCUCACUACCUGGUCGACUGCCUGGUCCGUGAGUUUCAACGGCAGGAGCAGCUCCUCACUCUGUUGCUACAGGGGACCUUUGGACAAGUUCUCAGGUCAGAUCAUACUCGGAAAGUGGCUAGGAAGGUGGGGCUGUCGUCUGGCACAAUGUCUUCCUAUGCCAUAAUGAACGAGAACUGGAUGAUCUUGAGCUGGGUGAUGCUGCAGUCAGAGUGCGAUCGGUCCCUCUAUCCUCUGUACGAGGGGGGGCUGAGUGGCGGAGGGUGGCAGAGGAGAGGGCAAAGAGGAAUUCAGCAGUGCAGCUUCCAACAGGUCGUCUGUGCAGGUUCUGUCAUCAACCCCUAAAGCAGGGCCCUGACAGCCCUCACAUACAUGACAGCUUUCCCGGGGUACCAGGGAAAUACAUCUACUGCCCCUCCAGAGUGUUCUCCCUCUACAAGGCACAGGGAAUGGGGAAGGAGAUGACCUGGGGGGAGUUCAAACUGUCGGACUUCUAUGAGACUGAAAGGGACGAUGGGUCGCAGAGAAAAAGAAAUGAACACUUCAACGUCAAAUAUACCCUCUCCACACACACAAACACACACACACACACACACACACACACACACACACACACACACACACACACACACACACACACACACUACUGUACUUAGUCAGGACUGUUUCAUUGUGAUAUUUGAAUCUCGUGUUCUGUUCUGAUCUGGCCACAAGACCUCGUCAACAUCACAGGAAAUGUCUCUUCCACGUCCGACUCCUCUCUCUCUCUUUGUCCUCCUCUUACUCUGACUCUCGUUGCCUCCAUGCUUGCAGAGUUCUCUAAAUGGUUUACCUGAGGCCUGUUUGUAGUGCUAAGGCUCAGACUGAUUGGUGUUCUCUUUUCUGUGUAAGUGUUUUCAGGUCUGUAUGUAAGUUCCUACAAUUGCCAGAUGAGUUUUGCAUUUUGAACAUUUUUGAGUGUUUUUACCAAUGACAACAGGAGAUUUCAUUUUUGAAGAAAUUGUCUAAUGUAAGAAAACGUGUGUAGUGUUUUGCAAUCAGUGUGUUAAAAAAUUGCAAACAAAGUGCAAAGUUGACAAUGUGUUUAAGGUAUGGUUACACUGUG